GCCAACCCCCCCUGGUGUGCAGAUGUGUCGGCAGCCAAGCGAUGAGAUCGUGUGUGGGGUGUGUGACAAGGCGUACCAUGUGGUGUGUGCCCGCCCCUUUGGCCUCUCCCUCUCCAGAACUGGGUGGAAGUGCAAGACGUGUCGUGUGUGUGGGGACUGUGGCUCGAGGACCCCGGGCAAUGGGCUCUCCUCGCGAUGGCAUUCCAACUUCACUGUCUGCGAUUCCUGCUACCAGCUACGGAAUAAGGGCCUAGCCUGCCCCAUCUGUGGGAAGGCGUACCGUGCCAUUGCGCAGAAGAACAUGGCCCAGUGUUCAACGUGUAGGAGGCAUGUCCAUAGUGCCUGUGACAGUGAUGCGGAUAUUGGUCUAAUCCAGUCGAAGUGGAAUGCCGACAGAUCAUACGAGUACGUCUGCACCACCUGUAAAAAGGUUCCAGGACCCAGUCAGUCUCCCAUAAUAUCUCAAGAAGACAGCUGUGAUGGUCCUCAAGAAUCAUCCAUUCAUUCAGAGGAUUCCAUUGAUUUGGAUCUGCCAUUGGAUGGAAAGUCAGAGGACUUUGGUCCCUUGCCUAAGCCCCAGACUUCCUUUUACACCCGUGGAAAACCAUUUAGUUUGGCAAAGAGAGGGAACUUUACUCCCCGCUUGCGAGGAGGAGCAAUUGGAAAGAAGGCCUUCUCCAGCUCAAAGAAGAGAGGGCAGACAGUACCUGUCCGAAGGGGUCGAGGGAAUGGCAGAGGAUAUAGAGGAUAUUUCAAUUAUCAGAGUGUCACCCUACAGGCAAUGGAGAACAAUCACAGCACAGGCAAAGAAGAAGGGGAGGAGAACAAAGUGAUUCUGGUGGCCAGCAAUGACGAGUUUUGCCUUGAGCAAGAUGUGUGCGCCAUGUGUGGAGCGUUCGGACAGGACCAAGAAGGAAGACUCAUUAGCUGUGCUCAGUGUGGCCAGUGUUACCACCCAUUCUGUGCCAAUGUUAAGGUACGGCUCAGCGUCAAGGUGAACAAAGUGGUUCUAGAGAAAGGAUGGAGGUGCCUGGACUGCACUGUGUGUGAGGGGUGUGGAGAGCGCAACGAUGAGAGCCGCCUCGUCCUGUGUGAGGACUGCGACAUCUCCUACCACAUAUACUGCAUGACUCCACCUCUAGACAGCGUGCCCUCGGGGGUGUGGAGGUGUAAAUGGUGUGCUGUAUGUCAGUACUGUGGUGCCUCAGAUCCUGGUCCCAGUGCCACCUGGCAGCAAAACUACAGUGUCUGUGGCCCUUGCAAUUCCAUGACUCAGUGCCCUGUGUGCGAUGAGCCCUAUGCAGAUGGUGAGCUCGUCAUACAGUGCUCCAACUGUGAGCGUUGGCUGCAUGCCUCGGAUGACAUGAUACACACGGAAGAGGAGGCAGAGAGAUGUGCUGAGAAAGGAUAUUUGUGCCUCAUGUGUCGACCCCAGGAUGCGCUUCCCCCACACCUCCUCCCUCACACGCCACCCCUGCGCACACGUCCCGCACACAAUGCAGUCACUCCCACCACAACACUACCAAGCCCUGUGCGUCCUCCAAGUCCAAUUGACAUCAUGCCAAAGGUAACAUCCAAAACACAGUUCUGGGUGGAUGGUAUAUGCUUGUCCGAGUGUGGAAUGUUCCAGAUAAAGACAAUGACAUUGGAGCCACAAAAGAAGCCAAGGAACCCCAAGACAGUCCGAACCAGUCGAGGGCCUUCCAUUGAUAGCAGUGGCAGCCGUGACAUUGAUGACGAUGAGGAGGAGGACGAGGAGAAAUUGGAGAGCGAAGAGCCAAAGCACUGGGUUUAUGGCAUGAAGGAAGGAACCAUUCUGAAGGCCAAGGAGGAUGGUACACCGCCUGACUUACCAGAUGGCUUUUAUACCUUACCGGGUCCUGAGCCUGGAACAUACACUUUGAGAAAGCGCAGAUAUCGCAACAUCAAAACUCUAGGCAUUGGUGGCUUCCAAGUCCGCGCACGAGGAAAGAAGGACGAUGAAAAAGCACGGGAAGAAGCCAACCUUGACCCUCAGGUUCUGGAGCUUAGGAGGAAGAGAAGUAACUGGCGAACCAAAAAGAAGAUCAAACUACUUGAAAAAUUUCCGUCUUAUAUACAGGAGGCUUUCUUUGGCCGGAAUCUGAUGGAUACGAGCAAGCUGGAGGAGGAGAUGAAGCAAAUGGGUGACCUGGAUGAGGAAUUCACUGAAGAUGCCUUUGAUAUGCAGAAGACAAAGUCGGCAAUCAAUCUUUCAAAGGAUGAAGUCCAGCUUGUUCAGGCAGCCCAGAACAAGCAGCAGCUGGGCCAUGAACGGCGCAUAGACAGUGCAACACAACAGACAAAGUUGCUGUCCCCUCACCGCACUAAGGUAGAGGAUCAGACGGACUCCAAAGCGAAGGAAAAGAAGGAUGAGGAUAGGAAGGAAUGCAAGGAUGAGGAGAUGGCAGAAGAAGAUGAAAAUAAUGAAGCCAUAGAUGCUAUCUUUGCCCAGGGAGGUGAUUUAACAGACAUUUUGAUGGGUGACAUAAUGAGCGCAGCAAUAAAAGAUGAUGAUACAAAUCUAACAGGCGAUGAAGAUCUCUCUCAAGAUAAUAUAGAUGUGCCUGGAGUAGGUGGCCCUGAAACAAAGUUGACCGACAUUCUUGGCCCAGGCUUUAAUCUGGAUGAUGUGGCUGACAUCAUGAAGAACUUACCAGAAGACAGCACAGAGGAUAGCCAGGAUUCCACUGUAUCCUCUGCAGCACCCUCGGCAAACACCAAAGAUAGCUUGGACAGUGCCAGUGUCACAGGAACUCGUUCUGAAGGAAACACCACAGGUACUGGGCCAGCUGUCUCCUCAGCUGGAGCAACAACUGUGUCUGUGCCAGUCACGAAGGAGACUCCGCUUGCCCCACCAGCAGUUCCUCCAGCCGUUCCUCCAGCCGUUCCUCCAGCAGUACCUCCUGUAGUACCUCCAGCAGCACUGCCUGCUGCUUCGACCCUCCGCCCCAAUCAACCCCCUGUUGCUCCACUCGGAUCAGUCCCAACAGUUCCCCAGCACGCAGUAGGUCCCCCUGUUCAGCAGAUGUCAGCCCCGGCAGUUCCCAUGUCAAGUACAGUUCAAGGAGGCAGUGCCAUUCCAUCCAUGAAGAACCCUACAGCACUACCAAGUCCAGUAGGCCUUCCGAGCGCUGUUCCACACCAAAGCCCUGUGUCCCAUCAGAGCCCUGCACACCCCAGCCCCAUUGCGGUCGGCCCACCACCCAUUCCCCAGACGCUGCCUAGCCCCUUGCCACGAUCUGACUCCCAGCCAGGGUAUCCCCAGAGUCAAGCCAGUUUUCCUGCAACACCAAAGCCAACAACACCCACUGUGCCUGAGCCCCAGAAGGUGUGGACAAGCAAUGAUUCCCAGUCACAGAGCUUGACACUGGAGGAGGAUGAAGCUCUAGGACACAAGGCAACAAAGGCAGCUGUGCUCUAUGUUAACAUUCACAAACCCAAUCUGAAGAAUGACUUUCCAUCUGUGUCUGACCGGGAGAGACAGAUCAAACGUACAUGGAAGAACCUCAAAGAUGCAGAGCAGAAGAAGAUGCUGAUCCAGAGAGCCAGGGAAAACAAGAAAGAAUACUACAAAAAUAAACAGGAACAGCAAAGAGCCUUGAAGAGCUCAGAGAGCCUGGAAGGUUCGAGCACCCCAGGUUCUGUAGGCACCCCUGGAAGCCUCACUGAGGGUACCAACACUGACCCCAGUCCCGCAAGCACUCCACAUGCCUCUCCUCGCCCUCCUCUUCCUUCUAUCACUCCGCCGAGGCCAAUGAUUGUAACCCAGCGACCCCAGAUACCACCAGGCUCGCCCACGAUGCGCCCUGGCCUGUCUCACACCAUGAUCCGUGGCCCCAUGAGCCAUCCACCGGGUCCCCCUGACCCUUAUGCCAUGCAACCAGGCACACCUCACCCAAGCAAACAGGCGGAUCCAUACGCUCAUCCUCCUUCAACCACCAGACCUCAGACUUCACCGCUGCCUUCUCCAACGAGUGGCGACCCAUUUUCCCGUGUGCCUCCGUCUCCGCGUCCCCACACGUCAGACCCUUACAGUAUACCACCGUCUACUCCAAGACCCCCAGCAAGUGAUCCGUACGCAAUGCCCCCGCCAACACCUCGCCCCAUGGAUCCGUAUGCCUCUCAACCAGCAACUCCUAGAACACCCAUGUCAUCGGACCCUUUCACUUGCAGCACUCCCACAGAUUCAUUUUCACAGCCCCCGUCAUCUGGUUACAUUCAGGCUCCUCCUACUCCAAGACCCCAUUCUGAUGACAGUUAUGGGCAGCCUGCCACACCUGCAGGAGGCAUCUCAGGGGACCCAGCUGGGCAGCAGCAGCAACAACAGCAGCAGCAACAGCACUUGCGAGAACUGUUGCAGAGACAGAGGCCCCAGCAGUGGAGUGAGGGCAGUGUGGUUCACCCAAGUGGGGUGGCUCAGCCCAUCUCAUCUCCCAAUGGGAGUCAUGCGGAGUUCAGACAGCCGCUUCCACCAGUGGUGCAGAACCCUGGCGUGCGCAUGAGGCAGAGCAUAGCUGGGGGUCAGCCUGGCAUGAUGGUCCAUGCAGCUGGACCAGGCCAAGGUCAGAUGGACCCACGCUUCAGAAUGAUAAUUCAGAGGAACUUGCAACAACAGCAGCAGCAACAGCCACAACCACAGCCACAACCACAGCCGCAGCCACAGCCACAACCACAACAACAGCCAGGAGGUGUCAAUGGGCACAACUCUUUGGAUCCCUUCAGUCAUGUGGUACAGCAGCGCCCACACCAACAGUACAUGAAUGUUGGUCCUGGAGUAACCAGUGUGGUCCGAGGUCCCCCAACAACAGUGAUGGUGAGCCAGGGCAUGGGUUCUCCCCACAUCAGUGCAGCAGGCCCUGUCCCCGUGCCAGUUGAAUCGCCCACCCACCACCCUCCGGGACCUCCACACCCACUUGGUCCCCCUCCACACCCACAGCAGCCCCACCAUCCCCCUGGACACCCGCAGGGACACCCUCCACUUCAGCAGCAGCCUCAUCCCUCUCUUCCACAACAGCCACAUCCUCAGUUAUCCCAUCCUCAGCCACACCCUCAGCCUCACCCCCAACCACCUCCAGCUAAUAGUCAGCAGCAGUCAGAAUCUGAACUACCAGAGGCAGUAACUAGGGAAUUGGAGCAGCUGGAAGAAGAGCAACAGCAGCAGCAACAGCAGCAGCACCAGCACCAGCCACAGCCUCCCAACCAACAGUCUACUCCCCAACCUGCAGCUCAGACGCAAGGCCAAGGAGGUGAUGACCUUGAGGAUCUAGGAACAGGAGAUCUGACUACUAUGGAGGAUGACUUACUUGGUAUGGGAGGAGAUUUCAAUGCUCUUUUGGAAUUUGCGGACGGGGAGGAUGGAGAGGAAGAUGACGAGAAGCUGCCUUCAAAUCUCUUCAAUGUCUUAGAUGCAGACGAGGAAGAAAGGAGGAAGAGAAACAAAUCUGAUGAAGCUGGACCAGGUGUGCCAGGUAUAGCCAAGGAGAAGGUUAGUUUGCCAACAACCAUACCCGUUGGGCCACCCUCUUCAGGAACACAUGCGCAACCCUGCCCGACUGUCUCCCCCAGUCAGGGCUCCCAGCCGCAUCUUACCAACCCAGUGAACUCCAAUUGUGGACCAAGAGGACGUGUGCCAGUGGCGCUGCAGCCCCUGGGUCCCAACGCUCAGCAGCAGAGAUUAGGGGCCAUUAUGGAGCCAGGGAGAGCCCCCUUGCCACACGCUCAAACAUCAAUGGCACCCAGCAUGUCCACAACAGGGUCGGCCCCAGUGAGUGCUGGGCCCAACGAGUGCUCAAACAUGCCAACCCCCCCUAACAUGGUCCCCAUUGGUCCGUCAUCUGGGCCUCCAGCUGGGCCUCCCCCUGGACCAAUAAUGGGCCCUGUCCACAUGAAUAUCAGUUCAGCACCUCAGCAGCCAGUGCAGCCUCAGAUGGCAACACAUAUAACACAGCCGUCAGCCAGGUUUGCAGGCAUGGCCAGGAUGCCCGGGCCCAGAGGUGGGAUGAUUCGGCAGCCAGCGCCACCCCCUCCCCCUUACCCGGGCCACCCUCCUCCCCCGCCAUACCCAAGGACUCAGGUGAUGGUGAGUGAGGGUUUGAUGGUGAGGGGCCCCAUAGCAGGCAGUGUGGGCUCCCCCAUGGGGGUCGGGGGGCCACCACCGCCUCCCAUGAUGCGGCCGGGCCCACACCAUCAUGCCAUGAUGGGUUCAGGACCCUCAAUGGUGAUGAGUGGGCCACGCCUGCCUCCACACAUGGGCCACGGUCCCCCCGGGGGCCACCCACACCUGCCCGCUGGGCCACCGUCCAUGGGUCCACCCGGCCCUCAUGGCCCUCAUGGCCCUCACGGCCCCCAUGGUCCAUCGGGCCCUCAUGGCCCUAUGCUGCCGCCACAGCCACUCAGGCGACCACUACUACUGCAGGAACAGCCUCUCUUGAUUGAGGACUUACUGGAACAAGAGAAGCAAGAACAGAUGAAGCAGCAGAAGGCCAACCAGCAGCAGCAGCAGGAGACCCUCGGGCAGGACGACCUCAACCUCAGUGACAUGGAGUUCGAGAAGCUCAAGGCAGAUGUCCUGUCUGUGGGGAACACCACAGUUGGCCUGCCCUCGAUGGCUGGAGGACAGGUCAUAGGCACUAACGCUAACGUGCGGCAGCCCUUCCAGCGGGUUGUCGGCCAGCCCCCUCCCCAGGGUGCAGGUCAGGCCAUGUACCAGGCGCCGUGUCCUGCCCAGCCAGCGACCCGGCCAGUGAGACCGCAGGGAGACCCGGGCAUGCAUCCAGCCUUGUUGCAAGCUGUUGGGUCACGAGGAACAGUUCCGUCAUCACCAGGUACUGUGAACAUCAAGACUUUGCCCCCACCCCCACAACCACCGGACAAUCCCCAGACUGAAGCAGAAAGGCACCAGCAACUUCAGUAUGAAAACUGGCUCUCACAGCAACACAGCCUCAUUGCCUCACAGCAGAGACACUAUGACACAGAGAUCACAAAGCUGCGCAAACAGCGGAAGAGCCUGAACAGCCGCCAGAGAACGCUGAAGAAGAAUGGACAAGAACUGAGUGAGCAUGAUGCAGCUGAACUAGCUCGUGUGCAACGUGACGCCUCCACCAUCCAGCGCCACCUAGAACAGUGCCGUAAGUCGGCAAGGCAACAUGCUAUGAUUGUGCAGGAAUACAAUAACAAAAAGAGGCAGAGACAGGCCCACAUGAUGAAUACACAGAGUGGUGUUAUUGGUCCAGGGAACCCAGGGCAGUUGAUGAGUGGGGCUUCACCCAUGGGACCUACAGGCUCUUCUCCCAUGCACUCUACCCCCCAGAGUCCCCUCAUGUCCCCAUCACCAUCCUCACAACCAGGGAUGGGCCUUAGUCCAAUGGUUCCUUCCCCACACACACCAGCUGCCUCUCCCAACCCUGCCAUAGUACCUCAGCACUCUCCGCAUGCAAUGGUGGUUCCAGUCCCCCAUCCCUCACCUGGAGAAUCCCCGUUCAGUCCCCAGACCCGCAUGCCAUCGCCUGGUGGGGGUUAUCCAGACCAGGGGCCCCGUGCCCCUUACCCUGGGCCUCAAGGGAUGACUCACCAUAUGAUGGGUCCACAGAUGAGAGUGCGAAUGCCAGUGCAUAGUCCAGGGAAUCAGACUGUGCAGCCUGGGCAGAUGUCUCCCCACAUGAUGGGAGUGCGUCCAGCAUAUCCUCAGUCGGGCGUCAUGAUGUCUCAGGGUCAGGCUCCCAUGAUGAUGAGACACCAAUACCCACAAGGAGUCAUGCCCCACAGAAGACCUUCAGGUUCAGGACCAGUCCCCAGCCCGGGCUCAGGUCCCAGCCCAAGUCCAGGGGGACCAGUCCCCAGCCCUAUUGGUAGUGGCAUGGCCAUGAAACCAAGUCCAGUUCAGAGUGGCCUGAAGAGUCCAGUGCCAUUGGCCAGUCCAAGUCCUGGGGGACCAGUCCCAAGUCCUCUCUCUGGCAGCAUGGCAAUGAAGCCAAGUCCAGUUCAUAGUGGGCUAAGGAGUCCCGUACCCCUGGCCAGCCCUCAGAUGCGGCCGCACAGUGUGGAGAAUCCAAGUACUCCCCUGACGCCACGUAGUGUGGGUGCAGGAGAUAUGGGUGGAGCUCCUCAGACCCCACACAGUGACAUGGGUGGUGCCAGUGGAAGCAACAGCCAAGUUAACAGUCCUCACCCAUCUGUGCCAACGCCUACCAGUGAUGCAGUGCCCUCGCCUGUUCCUUCGUCAACACCUUCGAUGAUGCAAGGAGGUCAGAGAGUGGGAGGAGGAGGAGGAAAUGCCAACAAUCCUAAUAAUCCUGCGCCGUGUCCUCCAUAUAUGAGACGGUUUGGCUACUUCAAAUUGGGUCUAAGAGGUGGUGGUUUUGUGAAGAGCCGCUGGGGACAUUUUAAGCUCGGCCUCAAGGGUGGAAUGCCUCAUGGUGAUAUUGAAAACAAUGUUGCGCAAGCUACCUCUAAUAGUGGACUGUCAACUACAUUACCAACUACCACUACCACCAUUGCACAUACUUCUUCCGAGCCUUCCACAGUCAGAGCUGCAAGUACGCCUUUAUCCUCGGUAAAGAAUGAACCUGAGGGCGAUGAAGGGCAGGAAGGGCUUGCGCAUGUUCUGAGUGAGAGCGGACCAAUCAAAGGACCAAUUGUUCGGAUGCCAAUGAUAGGGGGAGGAGGGCAGAGGGUAAGCCAGUCAGCCUAUGUGUCGGCAGGAUCGUCUGUAACCAUGACGCCCCAGUUAAGUGCAAAUGCUAACAAGGUUCUAGUUCCAGAACCUUUGAAGUCUGAAAUUCCACCCUCCAGUCGACACCAGGCAGUGAUUGGGAUUCCUGGUGGGGGCGCCAUCUUCUCACAAAACAAUAUGUAUCCAACUCACACAGUGGCCCCAGGCAUCCGAUUGCCAACUGCUGUGUCAACAGUCAACUACCCUUCAACACUCUCAAACCAGAACCAAGUGUCUGCCACCAGCACACUAGCUAGUGUGUUGAGUUCAUCCAGUAGUAGCUCUGCAAUAAGCAGUAGUCUUGUCCCUCCACCCAUCAUGUCUGUCACCUCAUCAGCAGAAACUUUACCAACAAGCUUAAAUAUUCAGAGCACAAGUCAGCCUUUAGAUGAUGUACAAACGUUGAGCAAUGUGGUGAGCAUAAAUAACCAGGUGAGUGGUAUAACCAGUGGCCUGACCAACUAUGCUAGUACAGCAAGUGUACCUCUCAACUCCUCAGCAACAACUAAUACAACCCCAUCUCUCAGUCGACCACUGGUGAGUGUUCCAGUCCAACAAAUUGGAAUCCAGCAACGGCCCAUGUUGCAGACCUUAACAACAACAGUAGCUACCCCACAGGUCAGAACGCUCCCAUCUAUUGGUAACCUACAGGCAGGGACACGUCAGUUUAAAACCCUGAUAAGAGCCUCUGUGGGCCAGCAUCCAGGUGUGAUACAAGCAGGUCAAGAUCAGGCAGGUAACCAGAUUGUUACUCAACAGCAGGUGCUCCAGCACACAUUACCUCAGCAGGCUGGUGCCCCCCCAACUUUAGGUCAACAAACCUGGGUCCAGACUUCUGGUGGGCCUAUUCCUCAUAGUGGGGUUGUUGUACAGGGUGGAGUGCCACAGACAGUGGGUGUGCGUAUGGUCCAGCAGCCCAUGAUGGUUCAACAAACUCUUGUGCGCAGUGGCAACAUGAUGGUCCGCCCUGGAACAACAGGCCAAGGGGGAGUGAGAAUGAUGAUGAUUCAUGGCGUGCAGCCUGUGCGGACGCCUUCACCACCAGUAAACAGACCAGCUAUGAUGCCUCCACCAGCUGCCAAAUCACCAGCUGGGCAUUCUGCGAGUCCAAUUCCUCGUGUAUCUCCAGCACCCUCCCCUUUAUCAAACCACCCGUCUCCACACUCUCCUCAAGUGAAAGGGCAGUCUCCUCUCAUGAGUUCUCCGGCCCCUAGUCCUCAUGGGCCACAUACAAACGUGGCUGUGGGAAUGAUCAAAAGAGAGCCAGAUGAUGAGCACACCAAUGUCACACUACCACCCCACCAUACUAUAGCAGGAUCUGUUACACAGCAGCAAACUGGCACUGUACAUAUGACAAUCAGUGGAGUUCAGCCACACACUACUGCAAAUGUCCAUGUUGUUAAUCCACAACAUGGCCCACAGAAUGCAUCUACAAUUGCAGGAACAAUAAAGACUGAAGGUGUGACUGAGGGAAUGAACAAAGACUCCUCAAAUGCGUUGCUGAAGCAGCUACUAGAGAAUACAGGAUGUGCUAACUCCAUGUCACAGCCAUCAUCAAGUCCUCUCGUUCUCUUCAGAUCCCCUCAAGGAACUGUACCAGUUCCUUCAUCUAAUCUGACACACAUUGCUUCACAGAUACCAAACCCCACACCCAUUGUGGUGUCUCGUAGUAGUGUACCUGCCACACUUCCUGUCUCUCAUCCGACGGUGUUGCAGGCUACUACUUCAGCAACCAUGGUACCUCAGAAUGCAACUAUCCAGCAACCACAACAGCAGCAUACUGUGGCAUCGGGUUCCUUACCGCAGCAGCUAGGACCUAACCCACAAAUGAUUCAAAGGUCUGUUGUGGUUUCCUCAGGCCCACAUCCACCACAGGGGCCCGUCACUCACACUGUUGUCAUGGGACAGCAACACCAGCUGAUUGCACACUCAGAUGGGCAUGGUAACCUCACCCACACUGUGGCUCGUCCUGGUGUGCCAUACACAGGCCAACAUCAUGUGGUGGACCCUCAUAAUGCUGGUCCUCAGCCAUCUAGUCAACACAUAGGUGUGCGUCAAGUCACCACUCACCACCUCAGUCAUCCAGGCAUGAAUUCAUCAGCAGGGCACCAUGUCAUUCAGGGUCAGCCCCCACACCAAACAGUGACUGUCAGUCACCCAAACCAUACAAUGGGUCACCCUCUCCCUCACUCCAAUCCACAAAUGGUUGUCCAUCCUGGUAUGAGGCCCACACAUCCUGGUCAACAUCCUAUGGUUAAUGCACAUCCACCCGGGACUCAUAUUGUUACUGGACAGCGACCUCCUUUAGCCACUGCAGUAUUAAAUACCACUCCAACACCGGCAAGUAUGGCUGACAGAGUCAACAGUAAUCCAGCCCUUAAGACUGAAAUGCGAGUCAUGAUUCCGGAGACUGUCUUGGGGACUGGUGCCAGCACGGGGGAGCACACGCCGGAGAUGACCACGCCAAACGAAGGUUCUGACUCGUUGGACCACGAGGAGAAGAAAGCCCGGAAGAGGUCACAGCAAGCUAGGAGGAAGAGCCAGAGCAAAGACACCAAAGUCCAGCCAGCAAAGCGAGCUAGACAAGGCUCAAGAGUAGAGGAAGACUAUGAUGCUUACAUUGAGAAUGUAAUGCAGCAGCUGAGAGGCAUGCCACCUCUCACCAUAAUGGAGCCAGAAGUGCCAAAGAAUUUUAACCUCUGUCCCAUGUUUGGCAGUGGAGAUUUGAGCAAACUUGGUAGAAGAGAUUACAAUCAUCGACAAGGAUUGUUGGAGGGGAAAGAGGGCCAUCUCACAGUUAAAAAUGUCACUGAUUAUUAUAGUACACAGCCAUUUGGGGAUAAACCACCAAUGGUUACGCCAGCAAAGACAAAUCCUACACAGAGAGGAUUUUAUAUCCAUGAAUUUACACCACCAAAGAUUGGCCUUCCAUUAGAUGAAUAUCAGGAAGGGGAAACAGUUGUUGCCACUUCCACCAGACCCACACCAGCACAAACUCCAACCCGAGAUGCUGAUUCGCCUGACACAGUAUUAAGUUCUUCAUCGCCAGAAUGUAUUCUUCCAGAGUCACCUCUUCCAUUCAAGGGCCUGAGACUUGUUGACAUGGACGAAGAUCACCAGGAUGACCAGCGUGACCGCUCUCUUUCCCCUGCCAUCCCUCUCUUGGUACCCACUCCAAUCAGACCAGGGCAACUACCAUUCAUGCCGCAAAUCAAGGAUGGCAAGGAUGUCCCAGAGCUGGAUAAGGAGAACAUUGGCAGUCUAGCUAGUAUCACUAUGAAGAGCCGGCUUGGACAGUCACCAGCUUUGCCUCUGAAAGAUAUGGGAAAUGUGAGUGUCACCCUAACACUUUCCUCACAGGCUGGAGAGGACGUGUCUGGUAUUCUGCGAUCUUUAGCAAAUCUCUUAAACAUUCCUCCUCCAUCGUCAUAUCAGAUGGCAGAUCGCAUUGAGCCCCCCAAACUGCCAAGGGUUUACCGACACAAACAUCCGAAGGAUGGGGUAGAGCAACUUGUUGAUAUCCAGAGCAUCUUGAAUGGUCAGGCCAGAUUUUGUAGACACUGUGAUGUGAUUAUAUUGAAAGACAUUUUGUGCAAGAAAGUCUCAGAACUUCCUUUCCUUAAUAAGAGUGAUUACGAGAGUGUGGAUGAAGUGACAUUCUGUUCUCAGCAAUGUUAUAUCCAGUUUGCCGUUUCUCAUCGUGUUGUGGUUGAGGAUAGAGGCAAAAUAGAAGGAAGUAGCAGGUUUACUAAGGUAAAAGAUUCUUGUGGAGAUGAUACCAAAGACCCAUCCAUUUUAUCUGAUGAUGCACUGCUUGAUUGGUCGAAGGAGGAGGGCAUGGAUGAAGUUCUGAAGGUGCCACAGCUGGAAGACUCGUUACAUUCUCGACCAAACAAGCAUAAACUAGAGGAGGACCAGGAACAGUACCCGAGGCAGGCCGAUGGAAAGAGGUUCCGUGGACACAAGUACAAAUGCUGGACACCAAAUGCACUGACCCUUCCAGAGAAAUAUGAAAAGCCCACACCGAAGGAGAUGACGGACCUGCUGUUUAGGAUGGGCAUCACGUACAGAAAACCUAGGCUUAAAGAUGAUUCACGGAAGUGCACGCUGUGUGGUCUUUAUGGUGAUUAUGUAGCUGAUGGUCCUUCCAGACUCUUGAACUUUGAUGUUGACAAGUGGGUGCAUUUGAAUUGUGCUCUCUGGGCGGAUGAGGUUUACGAGACCAUGAAUGGGGCUUUAAUGAAUGUAGAAGCAUCUCUGAAGAAGGUGGCAAAUUAUAUAUGUGAACAUUGCGAACAGGCAGGAGCAUCUGUGAAGUGCUUUAAAGUUCGCUGCAGUAAAGUUUACCACCUGAAUUGUGCCGUGAAGGAGGGUUGUACCUUCUACAAAAACAAAACUGUAUUUUGCCAAGAACACAUCAACAAAGGAGAAAAAGACAAUGAGCUGUCAACAUUGGCUGUGUUUCGGCGAGUUUUCAUAGACCGAGAUGACAACAGACAAGUGGCCUCUGUGAUGCACCAUGCAGAUCUAAGUUAUGUCCUGCGCAUUGGCUCUCUAAUCCUAAUAGCCAUCGGCCAGCUGUUCCCUCACCAGCUGCAGGCAUUCCAUACACCAUAUUGCAUCUACCCUGUGGGCUAUCAAGUUAUCCGUUACUACUGGAGUAUGAGGCGUCUCCAUAAAAGAUGUGCUUAUGAAUGUUCAAUCCAUGACAACAGUGGCCAGCCAGAGUUCAGAAUAACAGUGAAGGAAGAAGGCUAUGAUGACCACACUUUCAUCAGCUGUUCUCCGAAGGGGGUGUGGAACAAAGUGCUGGAACCUCUCGCAGAAUUAAGGCAAAAGGCCGAUGUUGUGAGACUCUUCCCUCAGUACAUCAAUGGUGAAGACCUCUUUGGUCUCACUGAGCCAGCCAUUGUCAGGAUUCUGGAAUCUCUACCAGGUAUCGACACUUUGGCAGACUACAAUUUUAAGUACGGUCGCAAUCCAUUGUUUGAGCUUCCUCUGGCUGUGAAUCCCACCGGCUGUGCCCGGUCAGAGCCUUUCAACAAAAUGCACCUCAAACGGUACCAUGGAAUGAGAACAAGUGUUGGGUCAGUCCGUAGCAGCAGCAAUUGCAGGAAUGCCGCAAGUGUGGCCAACCUGACGAUGACCUUUGACCCCUACAGCAAGCUUCACGUCCACUCCAGGUCAUCACAGUAUAAGAGAAUGAAAAAUGAGUGGAGAAGUGUUGUGUACCUGGCCAGAUCAAAGAUCCAGGGCCUGGGGCUGUAUGCUGCACGAGAUAUUGAAAAGAACACCAUGAUCAUUGAGUACAUUGGAGAGAUCAUUAGAUCAGAGUUGGCAGAGGUGAGAGAGAAGCGCUAUGAGUCCCAGAACCGUGGCAUCUACAUGUUCCGGCUGGACGACCAGAGGGUGGUGGACGCGACAGUGACGGGCGGCCUGGCUCGCUACGUGAACCACUCGUGUGGGCCCAACUGCUACACGGAGACCAUUGAGGUGGAGAGAGAUCUCAAGAUUCUCAUUAUCUCCAACAGGAAAAUUCUCAGAGGGGAAGAGCUUGCGUAUGACUACAAGUUUGACGAGGAGGAAGACCACAAGAUCCCAUGUCUGUGCGGCGCUGAGAACUGUCGGAAGUGGAUGAAUUAAGCAAGGAAGGAGUCAGUACAACUAAAUAAUUACAAUUACGUCCAUUAAGUUUGAAGAACUCCUCCAUAAAACAGAACAAAGCAAACAAAUAAACAAAACAAAACAAAAAAAAAUGUAUAAAAAAAUAAAGAUUUUUUUGGUAUUAGGAAAUAUUUAAAAAAGCAAAAUAAAAAAAAAUAAACAGAUACAACUUCUAAAAGUAGAAUGUGCCUUGAUUCUUGGAUACUGUACCUAUUUCUACCACGAGCGUAGACAGGGGAGGUCAACGAGAUGGCUGUCUUGUGUUUGUAAAGUGUGAGAUAGCUGCGUUCAAGGUAUGACUCAUAUGGCCAACAGUCGUAAUGUGAAUUGUAAGUUAAUGUAAAAGAUUAUAUUUAUAUAUACAUAUAUCUAUGUAGUCGUGUGUGAGGAUCCCCAGAGUUUCUGUAAAUGUUUUGUGCAAAUCUUUUCUCUUAAGCAAAACUGUGUGUUAAGCAUAAACAAAAAAGAAAGAAAAAAAAAAGAAGCUUGCUUUGACAGGCUUUAGAAAUCUUCGGUGGACUUUAGAAGAAGAAGAAGGAAAGUGACCAAAUUAUGAAUGUUACUUGCGACAGCAGUGAUUUAAUUCACAAGAAGUGAAACAGUAUCAAUACAGCUAAUGCGGUAAGCUUAAGCCCCAUCCCCCCUUCUCCCGUACAUACGUGUGUGUCAGGACCCUAGAAGAGCCAAGUGCCUUGCGCUAGGAAAUCUGCUUUCCAAGUCAGGGAUUGGAUUUAAACUAAUUCGCGGCUGAAGUGCAAUUUUUAUUGUCCGAAAGGAAAUGUGAUUAUAUAGGGCUUGUGGUAGAAAUUGGACCGGUGUUCCGUUCCCGUGGCUGGCAGACCGAGUGGAAUGCUCUCUUGAGCAGGUGGUGUGGGCCUUUUUCUUCUUCCUUUUUCUUACCUUGGUCUGGCUAUCAAAGGCCAUCAAGGGAGGACGAUGAUGAUGAUGAUGACAGCACUGAGCGGAAGCGUGGGCCAGUUUUUUCCAGUGAGCCAACUUAGUAAUCAUUUGUAUGUGAGAAUGACAUUGAUUAAUACAUCUAUUUUCACAAGAAUUUCAGGAUCUUUCUUGACUCUGCUUUUGUCUCAUUUUUCAUCCUUUUUUUUUUUUUUUUUUUUUUUUUUUUUUUAUCUUUUAUUAUAUUUUAUACUUGUUAAUUCCCUUUAUUUUUUUCCUUUUCUUCUUUCUUCCUUAAUUAUAUAUCUCCUUCCUCAACCUUUGUAAUCUACUACUUGUUCAUAGAUGUGCUGUUGAAAAAAAAAGCAUUAAAUAAAAAAGAAAAUUCAUAAUAAUGAUAAAAAGAAAGAAGAAAACUAGGAACAGAAGGGACUUAACAGGUUGUGGGAGGCUGAGUCAGACGCAAGGCCACGAGCGAGCCUCUGUGUCUAGCCUCGCCUGGCCUCCCGCCUCUCCAAUCUCGAGCUCCAUUGUGUUUCCGGACGCAGGUGUUGAGCAACCACCCGCUCCCGUGGGGGGGCGGGGGAGUGACGCGCAAGAGUAACCUUUUGUGUAUAUUGGACUUUGCAGGAUGUCCUCAUAAAGAGUUUUUAUAUUUAUAGGGUCUAUAAUUUAGGGCUUUGUGGCUGAUCAGUGGCCAGUAGAUGCAAAGGGGUGGGAAGGAACUCCUUGGGGAGGACGUGUCUGACCGUGAUAAUAGCGAAGGGUUUUAUGAUUAUAAUGUUUUGCCUCUUCUUUUUGAAAGUGCGUUUAUUUUUCGAUUUUCAUCGAAUGCCACCAAUCUGUAAUACAGGUUAAAGUGAUUUGAUUUUUAAAAAAUUGUCAUUGUAAUUUUAUCAUUAUUUUAUCUCCUUAUUUUUAUUUGUAUUUUUAUACAGAUGUUUUUCUCUCGUAUGUUUGUAUCUUCCAAAAUCAUCAAGGAAUUCUCUUCAAUUUCUUAUCUUUUCUCUAAAUCCUGUGACUGGUUUUGUAAGUAUCAUCUUUAAACUCUUUGUUCCCAUUUGACUAAGAAGCCUUUUCUUAUCCCUUGCUUUUGCAUUUUCUUAUCCAGAGUACAGAUGGACAAGCCUUGCCAAAGCACUGAAGACAAAAAAGAAAGAAAACAAAUUUUUUUCCCUCCCCCCUCCACCAUAAUCUUAAGUUGUUGUCUGUAUGUUUUUAAUGUAAUUUAUAAUAAUUUCACUUUUUUAUAAAUCCUAAUUAGAUUAUUAAGGAUUUUUAGAUGUAUUGAAUACUAUACAUGGCAUUGUUUAUAGAUACCCCUCUCUGGUAAGAUGUAAGGCUCGUAUCCAAUAUGGCCUCCAUAUAUUGCCUGUUAUCCCUGUGAAUUUAGAGUAAGUCAGCUGGUGGAUUGGUGGAUCCAAGAGAUGUGUACAGAAGGCACCGUAAGUCAUGCCGUUUAGCAUUUUCCCCAUAGGCUUGUACUGUACAGGUUAGAUAUUUUAGGGUAGGCUGGAAGACGAUUCCUUGCUUCGAGGUUUGCCACACUGAUAAAUAUACCGUAUCACAAAUAGACUGAUGAAUGUUAAAUUAUGAUUUUAUCUUCCUUUCUUUCUCCCCCUUUUUUGUAUUUAUUGUUUUUUCUAUCUAUGAUAUUUGUUUAUAUAUAUAUAUAUACACACUGCAUGAUAUUUUGAUACAGUGCAUUUCUUGGCCACCAGCCACGCCUCCAGUCCCCAGACUCUCCCACCUUAACACGAACGUACGAUGUCAGAUAUUAAGUAUUAUGCCUGUCCUCGUGAAUUAUGUAUUUUAUCUUAAAAGAUUUGUAUAAUAUAAGUAACCCAAGCAUUCUCAUAUGUUUGAUGUGUACUGUCAGGGGCCAUUUGCGGUCUGUGAAUGUAUACUCCUGUUUGUGUGGAUUUCUGAUGAUGAACAAUGUCAAUAUGUAAAUAAGUUGUUGAAUACAGUCAAUAAAACAUUUUCAUGUAU